AUGGGAUAUUAUGUUGUUGAUCCCGGGUUUGCGAAGCAGAACGUGUAUAACCCAAAGCAAGGGCUAGAGUCGCUAGUCAUAACUCCAAUCUCACAGGCGUCGGCGGAGCAGAGAGCUGGACGUGCUGGUCGUACUGGUCCUGGUAAAUGUUACCGUCUCUACACUGAGAGCGCAUUCCGUAACGAGAUGCCUCCUACAUCAAUCCCUGAAAUCCAGAGGAUUAAUCUCGGAAUGACAACGCUGACCAUGAAAGCAAUGGGGAUCAACGACCUGUUAUCGUUUGACUUCAUGGAUCCACCGCAGCCGCAAGCUUUGAUCUCUGCUAUGGAACAGCUGUACAGCCUGGGAGCGUUGGAUGAGGAAGGAUUACCGAGGGAGAAGCAAGCUCAAGCAGACCAAAAGAGGGCCAAGUUUUUCCAGCCUGAAGGUGACCACUUGACAUUGCUAGCUGUAUAUGAAGCUUGGAAGGCUAAGAACUUCUCAGGUCCAUGGUGUUUCGAGAACUUCAUACAGUCACGAUCUCUACGGCGUGCUCAAGACGUGAGGAAACAACUUGUCAGCAUUAUGGACAAGUAUAAGCUAGAUGUGGUGAGUGCUGGGAAGAAUUUCACCAAGAUAAGGAAAGCAAUCACAGCAGGAUUCUUCUUCCACGGAGCAAGGAAAGAUCCACAGGAAGGUUACAGGACGCUGGUGGAGAAUCAACGGUUUACAUACAUCCAGAGCAGUGCUCUGUUCAAAGGCAGCCCGACUGGGUGA